AUGAGCUUCGGAGCCCCUCUACCUCCGACGUCCACUCAAGCACUUGCCACUCGGACUUUUGCACCAUCUCUUUCGCGCUCGUCGGAUGCGGCGUCUUUCGUCCGCAGACGUCCUACCCAAUCGUCGGAAGAGGAGGAGGAUGAGCGAAGCAAGCAAAAAACCAAGAAACAUGGCAAGAAAAUGAAAAAGUCUCCGGGCGGUGCACUCCGGACACUCCUCGAGGAGCAACCGCUCCGCAAUCCCUUCUACGGACCAAGGAGUGACAACAGUCUUCAAGGAGGCACGCAAGGCCUCGAUGCUCGCUCUCCGAUGAUCGAUGAAGGUCCUUUCCUAAAUCCACAGUUCCACCACACGGCGAAGCCAGGCCCUGGUGCUGAACCAGUAGACAUCAAUGCCGCAGCUUGCAGCAAUUUGAAGAAGUUUUGCAAGAAGUCAGCAAAUCACAAACUGCCCGCGUGUCAGCAAUACCGUUCGAAGGACUCUGUGUGCAAGAAGAAGUCAAAGGCCAAACACUCGGCGAUGCCACCAGGUAUGUUCACCCCUCCGCCGGUCGUUGUGAAGCCGGUUCCCGGAUCUAUUUGGGGACUAUGCCGUCGCAACGGCGAGAUUGGACCAUGCUGGGGCGGUAAUAUUCUUGAACAGCGCGCUCGAUCGGUGAUCGCGAAGAUCGGUAGUCUGAACAGCAGAUCUGGGACGGCCAACAUCGCCAACGUCCUUCGACGAGGUCUAGCUGCUGCUCGCAAUGCUGUGGCUCCAUGUCGCCGUUCGGAAAACGGCUGCUGGACCGACGAAUUUGGCGUCGAGGGAAAGACGCGCUCGCUUCUAGAGCGUCUGUUUGACCGCUACAGACGCUUGGCGUUCCUUGCAGUCAACACGAUCAACCCGCUUGUCCGCCGCACGCCAGCAGAGGUCCACCGAGCGCUCCACGGCAAAGACGCGCCAAACGAUGUCAAGCGCAGCUUUCUCGAGGCCUUCUUUGGGCGCACUGCAACCAGCGCCAACAUCACUGUGCAUCCGCUCAGUCGACGUGCUCUUCGCAACGGCCGUCACUAA